GUCCGGGGAGAGAGUGCGCGCGCGAGCCCGGGCGUCCCCGCCCCAGCCUUUCCCGGAGCCAUGAAUCCCAACUGCGCUCGGUGCGGCAAGAUCGUGUACCCCACGGAGAAGGUGAACUGCCUGGAUAAGUUCUGGCAUAAAGCAUGCUUCCAUUGCGAGACCUGCAAGAUGACACUCAACAUGAAGAACUACAAGGGCUACGAGAAGAAGCCCUACUGCAACGCACACUACCCCAAGCAGUCCUUCACUAUGGUGGCUGACACCCCUGAAAAUCUCCGCCUCAAGCAACAGAGCGAGCUCCAGAGUCAGGUGCGCUACAAGGAGGAGUUCGAGAAGAACAAGGGCAAGGGCUUCAGCGUGGUGGCGGACACACCCGAACUCCAGAGGAUCAAGAAGACCCAGGACCAGAUCAGUAACAUAAAAUACCACGAGGAGUUUGAGAAGAGCCGCAUGGGCCCCAGUGGGGGUGAGGGCAUGGAGCCCGAGCGCCGAGAUUCCCAGGACGGCACCAGCUACCGGAGACCCCAGGAGCAGCAGCCUCACCACAUCCCGACCAGCGCCCCCGUUUAUCAGCAGCCCCAGCAGCAGCAGGUGACCCCCUCCUAUGGUGGCUACAAGGAGCCCGCAGCCCCAGUCUCCACGCAGCGCAGCGCCCCAAGCGGGGGCGGGAAGCGGUACCGCGCUGUGUACGACUACAGCGCCGCGGACGAGGACGAGGUCUCCUUCCAGGAUGGGGACACCAUCGUCAACGUGCAGCAGAUCGACGACGGCUGGAUGUACGGGACCGUGGAGCGCACCGGUGACACGGGGAUGCUGCCGGCCAACUACGUGGAGGCCAUCUGAGCCCGCUGGGCCCCGCCCGCCCCGCCCCAUCCUUCAGCGCAUUCCACGCAUCGCAUCUGCCCUGGGCGUGACCUGUCCACCCGUCAGUGUCUCUAUGUUUAAAUCUGCGACAGCUUGUUUCUCCCCA